AUCAUCCCUUGAACGAGUGGCGAAUCAAUUGUCUUUCGGGAAUUGUAUAGUGUUUGCCUUGGAUUAAGUAAAUGAUAAUGGUGCGGCGCUUGGCGGUGUUUGGCUUGGGCCGUAUAGGAGCCCUCCAUUUAAAGAAUCUACGCUGGAAUCCUCGUUCGGAGAUCAUCUAUUGCGUCGACGAAUCUGUUGAGAGAAUGGAAUAUAUAAAACAUCAUCUGAAACUGAAGGAAACUCUAUUCCUAAAACCCUCACAAGCAGAUAUCGUUUUUCAAGAUGAAAGCCUUGAAUCUGAAAGACAAGACCUGUUUAAGAAACCAAGGGACCUUCGAAAAGAAUGUUUUUUAAGCAAAUCUAAUUUCCACAAAAUGGAAAUCACAAAAACCUGUCAAGUUUAGCCCAAAGGAGCUCUU